GGUAAGCCAUCCCUCCAGCCACAUCACUAAUCUAAACUUCACAUUCUAAAAAGCAGCUCUCUGACACUGAGUGUUCUAUUCCCCCCUCCCAUCCUUAACAUUAUUAACCAUCUUCUAGCUGUGUGUGUGUUUGUUUAAAAGAAGAGGUAGGUCGGUCCAUGUGCAGCUUGGUAUUGCACAGACUUGGAGAAACCAUCCAGUCUCAGCUCCCCCAGCACAGAUCUUAUUGUCUGACUUACUCCCAGUCUACAGCACUCAGAAAGGAGGGAGGGAAAUGUGAGUGAGGGAGCACACGGAAAGGAGGGAGGGAAAUGUGAGUGAGGGAGCACUCAGAAAGGAGGGAGGGAAAUGUGAGUUAUAGAUACUCAGACUCCUGUCAUUGGCAGCCAGCCACAUUCUACUAAAAAGUAGGGGUUUUGUUUCUACUACUGUGAAGACAAGGAACCUGUUGAAGGCUUUGUAAUUCCAGAUAUUUGCUGCCAGUGUCUCCACAACUCAGCCUUGCAUAUUGAACAUUUACAGACGGAUGAUAUUGGUUUUGUUUCUACUACAGUGAAGACAAGGAAGCUGUUGAAGGCUUUGUAAUUCCUGAUAUUUGCAGCCAGUGACUCCACAACAGGUCAGAAAAAUGGCUAAGUGUUUGGUGAUAGGAUGCAGUAGCAACCAAACAAAUACAGAUGUACACAUCUCAUUUCAUCGAUUUCCUAAAUCAGCUGAAAAAGUUCGAGCAUGGCUCCAAGCAACUGGUGAUCAAUUUAAUAAUAUUGAAAUGGUCAUCCAGCUAAUACUGCAGCGUUUUGAAUCUACUACUAUGAGAAUAUGUUCAGAACAUUUUACCCCUGACUGUUACUCAUUCAUAGGAUUAAAAUUUAGAAAACUACAUCCGGGAGCCAUCCCUACCAUAUUUAAAAAAAAUACGUUGAGGGAUAGAGUUUUAAACCUUCCAAAAGAAAUUUUAAAUUUAUCUGGAAACCGUUAUCUACGUGUCUAUACCAUCCAUCAGCAAAAUACUGAGAAACAUUGUUCUCGAACAACAACUGGAGAGGAUUCUCCUAUUGUUUUAGGCCAUAACUAUUCUUCGGAAAUAGGAUACACCAUUCCUACUAUUUCAAAUUUCACUAAUCAUGGAAUGAACACUGAAAAAAUGACGUUGGACAAAGCUGUUUCUAUUUGUAAAAUUGCAACUAGAUCUAUUGGCACACAGACAAAAUGUACAAAUAGGUCAGUAAGUGUUGCUACUUCUACAAUCGGUUUAUUGAAGUCUAAGGAUGUUGGAACUUGGACUGGACCACACGAAUAUUGUGAAGAAAUUAAUAAAUCUGAAAAUGAGAAGUCAUUGGAUACAGAAGUUAUAGAGCUUGAAACUAGUCAAUUAAAUGAUGAUGAAAUAAUGGAAUUUUCAGAAUCCUCACCUUAUCAGUCUCCCAAAAAAAGAACAACCAUUUUUAUGACACCAAGUUCACAAAGUUCAUUUUUUGAAUCACCAAUGCUACAGUCUACUAUAAGUUCUGGUAAUGACGCUGAGACCUCGGACCUUGCGGAAAAUCAAGGUUACGAAUCUUCAGCAGAAUAUUUUGUUAUUGAAAACAAAUUUAUAAUAUUUGAAUCAUGCCUUGAUGAGCUUCUAAAAUCUUUUGCAAAAUGUAAUAAUGAAGAAUAUUGUGAUUCCAAGAUAAUUAGAAUUGAAAAAAAAAUACAAGGCACUUUAUUAAUCAUAUAUACGGAAUGUGAACAGAAACAUACAUGCCUGUUAUGGAGGAGUCAACCAAUGAUUAACAAACGUUCAGUUGGAAAUUUAUUGGCCAGUGCCGCGUUAUUAUUUAGCGGGUCUCAUUUUGCUAAAGUUUCUGAAUUUUUUAAAAUGUUAAAAGUUCCUUUUAUUUCUGAAAGCUUACACUACCGAUUUCAGAAUACAUUUUUAUUUCCAAUCAUCAAUUUAUAUCAUAAGAAAGAUAGAGAUGCAACACUGGAUAAUUUCAAAGGAACUGCAGUGUGUCUAUCAGGUGACGCACAGUGUGACAGUCCUGGAUUUUGUGCAAAAUAUUGCACAUAUACUUUAAUUGAAGAAGAAACUCAAAAAAUUGUGGAAUGCAAUGUAAUACAAGUCAGUGAGGCAACAUCAUCUGUGACUAUGGAGUCAAAAGCUUUUAGAAGAAGUGUUGAUACAUUACUAGCCGACGGAGUGAAAAUUGGCAUACUUGCGACUGACCGCCAUAUUGGAAUAAGAAAAAUAAUGAGAGAAAAUUAUCCAUUUAUAAUUCACCAAUUUGAUGUGUGGCAUUUCUGCAAAAGCAUGACCAACAAAUUGAAUUCAUUAACACGGCAACAAAUGUACAAGGAGCUGUCACCCUGGAAAACGUCUAUUAUUAAUCAUAUGUGGGCGUCUUGCUCAUUAUGUAAGGGUAAUGUAAGCCUUCUGAAAGAAAGAUGGGAAUCUAUAUUACAUCAUAUAAUAAAUGAGCAUUCAUGGGAAAAUGAUGGAAGAGAAAUAAGCUGUGAUCAUUUACCCAUUUUAGAAACAGAAAGACCACGACGUUGGCUAAGAAAAGACACCUCUGUAUAUUCCAGAUUCAGCUCCUUUGUUACAGAUCCCAAAUUAUUAAAAGAUUUAGAUCACUUAAAUCACUUCUGCCAUACUGGUAACCUUGAGGAUUACCAUAGUAUGAUUUUAAAGUACCGACCAAAAAGAGUCCAUUUCUCGAUGGAUGGUAUGAUAGCACGCACCAAAUUGGCUGUAUUAGCUCAUAAUGCUAACGUUGACCGGAAACAAGCCAUAGUAUUUCGUUCACAUAAAGGGAGUGGUGAAGUAGGCUCCCUUAGAUAUAGGCCCGCAUGUCCCAAAAAAACUAAAAAUUGGCGUGCAAAUAAAAUUCAUGAACCAGUAUUUAUAGAUCAUUUGUUUCAAAUGAUGGCUGAUGUUUUGAAAUUAUCCAUGGAAGACUUAGAAACUUCAUGGGAAUCACAAAAUAAAUUGCUUCCAGCUAAUAUUGAUUCUAUACCAAGACCCCAAACCAAAGAAUUAGCGGCAAAACAUAUUUCUAGGUUUGAACCAAAGAUACAGUAUACAUAA